UCCAACAGCCCCUUGGGAAGUCACCCUUCCCGGGGUGAUCAUCAGCGCCAAGAUGGUUUUGAGCGCCGCUCCGUAUUACAACGCAAUGAAUGCUGCCACGUACCUGAUGACCGACGUCGACCUGAAGGUGCACACCGUGGCCAAGCUGGUUGGCGCCCACUCGUCUUUCCACGUGUUCAAGACGUGCCAACCUUUCGGCGAGGCGCGUUUUAACCUGACCAUUAGCGAGUUUGUCACAUUCGACGCCAGCAACACGGACGCCGCCAUCAUUUUCUUCGCCGGCAACAGUUUGAAGUCCAAGUCGACGACGACGCUCUCGGACGCGGACUGCGAUACCCAAUUAGCAGUUGGUGCCAGCGACAUUGGGGCGUGCAUCGAACAAGACACUACCGCUGGCAUUUGCUCGACGUACUACAUGGACAACUACGACACGACGACCUUCCAGCGAGUUCCACUGUUGGUGGUCAACGGCCGAGUGCAGGCCUUUUGUUCAAGCGUCAACUGCGACAGCAAACUUGACAACGACGACCCAGGAUACUUUUUCAAGAUGUCCUUCAACCGCCAGAGUAUUCUCAACAUCGAAGGCAUCGUCGUCGACAACCCUUGAAAUCACUACAGCGGAAGGAAAUUGCGUUUUAUUUUGAUUUUCCGCCGAGUUUGUUUGAAUUUUGAUCAAU